UUUACUGAAUUAAAUCAUCUGACGCGCGCAACGCGCUGUCUCCCUAUUCUCAUGUGGAAUGAGCCGUUCGAGCCGGUUCGGUUGCCCGAGCAGCAGCAGUAACAGCAGCGGCACUGAGGCACUGAGACACUGAGGAGCUGAGGAGCCGAGGCAGGUUGUUUGAGGACUGAAUGUCGUGGUGACUUCUGAGGGGACUCGCAGCCGAGGACAGAGAGGCUGUUAGGAUGGCUUCAAACUUCAACGAUAUAGUGAAGCAGGGUUACGUGAGGAUUCGGAGUAAGAAAUUGGGGAUCUUCAGAAGAUGCUGGCUGGUAUUCAAGAAGGCGUCCAGUAAAGGACCACGGCGAUUAGAGAAAUAUCCAGAUGAAAAAGCUGCUUACUUCAGAAGCUUUCACAAGAUUACUGAGCUCCACAACAUUAAGAACAUUACGCGAAUGCCACGAGAGACCAAGAAACACGCAGUGGCAAUUAUUUUCUGUGAUGAGACGUCAAAGACAUUUGCCUGUGAGUCAGAGCUGGAGGCUGAAGAGUGGUGGAAGUUAUUGUGUUUGGAGUGUCUGGGCAGCAGACUUAAUGACAUCAGCCUGGGAGAACCGGACUUGUUAGCAGCAGGGGUGCAGAGGGAACAGAACGAGAGAUUUAAUGUUUACUUGAUGCCUACCCCAAACCUGGAUAUCUAUGGAGAGUGCACAAUGCAGAUCACCCAUGAAAACAUCUACCUUUGGGACGUCCAUAAUGCAAGAGUCAAGCUGGUCAUGUGGCCGCUCAACUCCCUGAGGAGAUACGGCAGAGACUCAACCUGGUUCACAUUUGAGUCCGGGAGGAUGUGUGAUACAGGGGAGGGUUUGUUCACGUUCCAGACCAGAGAAGGUGAGAUGAUCUAUCAGAGAGUUCACUCUGCCACACUGUCCAUCGCUGAGCAACAUGAACGUAUGAUGAUGGAGAUGGAGAAGAGCUCACAGACUCUUUCAAACGAGAACACAUUAACAAAGUCGAUAUCUCUCCCGCGAAGCGCUUACUGGCACCACAUCACACGUCAGAACAGCGUGGGAGACAUCUGCAAUUACCAAGGUACGAGUUUGACUAUGACACUCAUUCCACGGGCUCAGACGUUUCAAAGCUUCCUUUCCGAGCAGACUGAGCAGGAGCAGAACCAGGAUCAAGCAACAGCGACCUCUAGUGGCCACGAUAGGAACUGCAGCGCAUCGCCGCUCCGUUGACAUGCACUGUCAUGGCUUGAUGAAAGCCACGACUCCCGGACAUUCCAAAGCUUAGGAAACUCAUAGACACAUGAAUAGUAUGAACUCUCUUUCUCUCUCUCCCUCUCUAUAUAUGUAUGACUUAAUAAUUAUUUGUAGAACAGGGUGUAUACUAAGAACUCUAGGAGCCUCUUUUUGUACGUUGAAGAAAAAAAAAAAAACCCAACAACAAAUGCCAAAAAGUUGUACCAUAAACUUUAUUUUUCCUUGUGUAGUUUAAGACAAAUUGACUUUUUCGCAGUUAUUUUUCAGAUAUACUGUAAAUAUUAAAGCGCUGUAGCGCUUACAUCCCUACAUCCAUUUUUGUCUGUCUUUAAUGGGAUACCCUUAGCUUCUAUCAAACAAGGAAUAUGUUUGUGUUUAGCACCCUGCACUUUUAAAUUAUAGCUUGUUUUGCACUUUUGUUGUUUUCUUUGGGUUUUAUUACGCCCUGAUAUCUGUAAGUGCUGUGUGGUGCUUUGGCGAUAAUGAAAAAGCUUAUUUUUGAAGGGAUAGUUCACCCAGAAAUGGAUAUUCUGUCAAUAUUUAUUCACUUUCCAAACUCGCAUAUUUUUGUUUCUUUUGUGGAACACAAAAGAAGAUAUUCCAAAGGAUGUGCUGGCUGCUCUUUUCCAUGAAAUCUGGAAAGACUUGUUUAGACUGUCAGUCCAAAUCUGAACAUAUUGAAGUAUGAACUGCAAAAAAAACAAACACGAAAUCUGAUAUUUACAAAUCCGUUUUGAGCUACAUUCAAAUGUGAUUUGAAAUCACAUUCAUGUCUCAUUUCUGGAAAUCGGUUUCAGUCUGACCGCUCUGAUCGUAGCUUUUUUUUUUCUUUCUCACACCACGUAAACACAUAAUAUACUAUAAAUCAAAAAUGCAUAUGCAAUGCAACACUGCAAACCCUUCCAUGCUGUUUUUGCUGUAUGCGGACCAACGCAACAUAACGCAUAAACCAAUGCAGAUAUUCCAGAAAAUGAAAGCGCGACAUGGGGCAUUCAAAUCAUAUCUGAACAGUUUCGAUAUACAUUGUGGACAGUCAAUUCAGUUUCGAUCAGAUUCCAAUCAUGUCUAAACCAUCACGUCUGAACAAAUCAUUGUUCUAAAUUUUUUGAAUCAGAUCUUUUCAAUGAAUCACUUUGAGCAAAUUUCUACGGACGCUGCAACUAUCGCAAUAUGACGUCACAGCCUGUGGCGUCUUCAUAAGUACAUAUUCGUACAUCAAAUAUGCAAUCUUUACUCUAAUGUACUACAACAGUGCAGUCCUGUAUUCAAAGUUUGUGUUCUUUUGAUUCAGCUAAGAGCGUAUCAAUCUUCUAUUGGUCAAGACGAAUUUGCAUGUCAGAGUUCACUUGAGCCUUGUCCACUAAUUUUCGUUUGAAAACGCAUCUUUUCUCUCCGUUUUGGCCUUCCGUCCACACUGAGAUGGCAUUUUUGUCCUGCCGAAACAGCUUUUUGAAAACGCUUUCCCAAGAGGAUACAUUUGAAAACGCAAUUUUCGCAUUGUAGUGUUGAAACUAGAGGCAUUUGAAAAUGCUGACGCAUGUCAUGUGACGUAAACCGAUAGAUAUGUAUGUUUAAACUGCUAUUGUGCCUGCAAUGUGCCAUUCACUUUCACACAGUUGCUAAAACAUAUUACUUUAUACACACUUCACAUAACAGUCCUGCAAAGAUGACGGGAAAUUUAUUCGAAAUUGCUGUCCUGCGGCAAAACAUGAGCAGGUGCAUUUCAGACCAAACAAAAUGGUGAGUGAGUGCGACCUGAAUGCAUCAGUGAAUGUGUUGGACACUUCAUGCACUCAACUGUCACAGACUCCCAUGUUGAAUGGCAAAAUAACCUUAUAGAAUUCGUACACUAUACGGUUGAGUAGAGCAAAUUUUGCCCGUUUCGUCUGUAUCGUUUGAGUUUUUAUGCGGUUUUACAUAGGCCUAUGCGUAGUAAGGUGAAUUUAGCGUUUUCUGACGUUUCAGUGUGGAUGAGAAUCCUUUGGAUAACGCUAGAGUGGACGUAGAGCUUUUUUCAAACGUAUCCGUAUAAAUGUAGACGUAGCCUAAACUUGAACUUUGGAACGCAACGAAAUGUGAAACUAGAGUUUCCAGACUCCAGCAUUGGCAUUCUUGAAUAGAAAUCAAUUUAAUGAAAAAUGUAGUGAGACCGUCCCUUUAGCUGAAAAACGCAGUCCGACUGAUUAAUUUACUAAUCGGAGUGAUCUGGAGUCAAUUAUCUGGUCACAGCGGUUAAGACGACGACAGCCACACAGGUUUGGAAUAACAAGGAGCAGAAAAAAUGGUCAGUUGCAUUUUUGGAUGAACUAUUCUAUUCUCCAAAAACAACCUUAUUUUAUAUGAAUUCUAUGUAUUUAUUGUCUACACACUGGAUGGGAGGUUCAGUUCAUCUGUAGCCUCUCACACUGCAGAAGAAGUGCCUUCAGACUCUGCUAGACUGAGACUCUGGCUGGAACGCUGAUUCAAUUAGCAUCCCUCCAACCAUCCAACAUGUGUAUAACCGAAUUACGUUUAUCUGUUGACGCUGCAUUUGUCUAAAAGCAGAACAAAAUAUCUGUUCUCUCCCCGUACAGCAAAAUGCUUAACGCUUCUGAAUGUCUUUGGGUUCUUUCAAAUGGUCUUGUAUAGAUAGGAUGAUAGAAGUGUGCACAGAAACAAUAAUGCAUUCAGUGAGACAAUCAAUUUACUUUACAACUUGACCAUAAAAUAUCUUUAAAUGACUGUUGAUCUUUUGUCUCAUUGUGGUAGAAAAACCUGAUUUCACCAGAAUAAUAACAUAUGUCAUGAUGUGGAGCUAAAUGUUUUAGAAGCACAUUAUGAAUGGUCAUUUGUUUCCUCCCCCUUUUCCACAUGUAAUUAUUUGCUAAUACUUCAGAAUUCAUUCUUGGCAGCGUUUAGUAGCACUUGAAUGUGAAUCAAACCUGUUUUCUUACAGUAUGCAUUGUACAUCAAUUAAAAAUGUCUUUAAAAAGGGAAUGUCCUUCUCAAGGAGGUUUCUAAGGGAUAUUUGGUCAAACACUUUGUUGUUUAAUACCAUGAUAAUCAAUUUCCCUUUGGGAUUUCCCAGAUAUCAUUUCUUGUAAGAUGUCUUUCUGGUUGUGUUAUAGCAUUUACACCAGUUUUGGUUUGUGUGUAUGCUUAUUUGUAAUUGUAUGUUGUUUUUAAUCCAUGUUUUAUUUUAAGGCAUUAAGUAGAUUUUGUCCUGUGUGGAUGUUUCAAUGUUUACUGAGUAAAAUAAAAUGGACUUUACAGAAAACCCUGAA